CAUGCGAUGAGCGAAAUAGGGAAAUGAUUUUCCUGCAAGUGGAAGUUGAGCGUAAUUGUUUAGAUUUUUUAUUCUCAUUUUAGAAAUAUCAGCACGUGCAUGAUACAGAAUCUAUAUACAAGUGUGCAUUGUAACUCCAAGAACAUUUACAAGGCUGAAUUGCGAAAAAUUUGACAUACACAAUAUACAAGCCUGUUAUAACUAUUAUAGUGCAUGUACUUGUAAGCGCGGGAAAAGUGCAAAGUUGUGUGAGGUGUUCAAGUGUUUUUGCGGUUACAUUGUGGUGAUUAUAGCUUAAUCCGCCUUGUAUUAGGAAUAUUGGUUGACAAUAGUGUUAGAAUUAAAUUUAAGGAGGCAGAUACAACAUGUUCUACUUAAUCGGAUUAGGACUUGGUGACCCGACUGACAUUACAGUGAAAGGCCUUGAAAUUGUAAAGCGCUGUGCACGAGUUUACCUAGAAAUGUAUACUUCCAUACUUGGGUGCCCGCAAGAAGAACUGGAAGCUUUCUAUGGACGACCUCUUUUGUUAGCCGAUCGGGAUUUGGUAGAACAAGGUGCAGAUGAGAUAUUAUCGGGUGCUGGUGAGGAAGACGUGGCAUUAUUAGUAGUUGGUGACCCAUUUGGUGCAACUACACAUACUGAUUUUAUACUCAGAGCCAAAGAAAAAAAAAUACAAUACAAGGUCGUACAUAACGCAUCCAUUAUGAACGCUAUAGGAUGCUGCGGUCUCCAACUUUAUAAAUUUGGUGAGACAGUGUCGAUACCUUACUGGGAUGAAACAUGGAAACCAGAUAGCUUUUAUGACAAAAUUAAAUUAAAUAGGCUGCAUAAUAUGCAUACACUAUGUUUGCUGGACAUCAAGGUUAAAGAGCCAACCCAAGAAUCGUUAAUGCGUCGGCGAAAGGAAUAUCAACCACCACGUUUUAUGACUGUGGCUGAAGCUACACAACAGUUAAUGACGAUUGUAGAAAAAAAAGAUGCACUGGAACGUAACACGAUAUUAAAUGAAUUGUCGCUCUGCGUUGGACUCGCUCGAGUUGGUCAUGAUAGUCAAUCUAUAAUUGUAAAUACAUUACGCGAAAUGAGUCAAACUGAUCUCGGUGGUCCUUUGCAUUCAUUAGUGAUACCUGCGAAGGAAAUGCACCCACUCGAAGUGGAAUUUUUGCAGCAAUAUACCACAUUGAAGUUGGAGGACUAUAAUCACUGAGAAAAUAUUUUGGUACAUAGAAGAUUUUUGGAAGUUAAAUUUGUUUACCUAAAGUACAGCAUUGUGAUUAUAUAUUUUCAAAUUAAAAAUCUUUUUUGUACCACCACUAUCCGUGUGUAAAAAUAAUCAAAAGCAGAUCCUUUUAAAUGUAAUUAAAUAUAAGAAAGUCAAUUCAUUAAAUGCUAUUAAAUGGCAUUUCACUUAGUUGUUUUUUAUAAUUAUGUGUCGUAUUUUACGAUGAACAAUGUUUUGCGUUUGUUUAAAUUAAUUUAUGUAAGCCUAAACGUAUUGAAAGCACUGUUUGAAUAGAGGAGUGUCUUCUAUCUCCUCUAUAUAAUGUAAUUGAACAAAUAAUAAUGAUUUUCCU